AAAGCGGAAGCGGAAGUGACGUUCGGGGAAGGUGGGGGCAAUCAUGGUGCCGCUGGGGAGGGGAGAAGCUGCUGCUGCCGCCGUUGCCGGGAGCCGCGGAGACAGGUCAUUACAUUUUCAUUUCUCACAAUUGGGCUGAGCACAAUUGAACCAUGGGGGAACACAGUCCAGAAGACAACAUCAUCUACUUUGAGCCAGAGGAAGAUGAGCUGAUCCCUGAUGAUAAGAUGCUCAGGUUUGUGGAUAAAAAUGGACUGGUGCCUUCCUCAUCUGGAACUGUUUAUGAUAGGACCACUGUUCUGAUUGAGCAGGAUCCUGGCACUUUGGAGGAUGAAGACGACGAUGGACAGUGUGGAGAACACUUGCCUUUUCUCGUAGGGGGUGAAGAGGGCUUUCACUUAAUAGAUCAUGAAGCAAUGUCCCAGGGUUAUGUGCAACACAUUAUCUCACCAGAUCAGAUUCAUUUGACAAUAAACCCUGGUUCCACGCCCAUGCCACGUAAUAUCGAAGGUGCAACCCUCACUCUGCAGUCGGAAUGUCCAGAAACCAAACGUAAAGAAGUAAAGCGGUACCAGUGCACCUUUGAGGGCUGUCCCCGCACCUACAGCACAGCAGGCAACCUGCGUACCCACCAGAAGACUCACCGAGGAGAGUACACCUUUGUCUGUAAUCAGGAGGGCUGUGGCAAGGCCUUCCUCACCUCCUACAGCCUCAGGAUCCAUGUGCGAGUGCACACAAAGGAGAAGCCAUUUGAGUGCGACGUGCAGGGCUGUGAGAAGGCGUUCAACACACUGUACAGGCUGAAAGCACAUCAGAGGCUUCACACAGGGAAAACGUUUAACUGUGAAUCUGAAGGCUGCAGCAAAUACUUCACCACACUCAGUGAUCUGAGGAAGCACAUUCGAACCCAUACAGGAGAAAAGCCAUUCCGGUGUGAUCAUGAUGGCUGUGGAAAAGCAUUUGCAGCAAGCCACCACCUUAAAACUCAUGUCCGUACCCAUACUGGUGAAAGACCCUUCUUCUGUCCCAGUAAUGGCUGUGAGAAAACUUUCAGCACUCAGUAUAGUCUCAAAAGUCACAUGAAAGGUCAUGACAACAAAGGACACUCAUACAAUGCACUUCCACAACACAAUGGAUCAGAGGAUACAAAUCACUCACUUUGUUUGAGUGACUUGAGCCUUCUAUCCACAGAUUCUGAAUUGCGAGAAAAUUCUAAUACAACACAGGGCCAGGACCUGAGCACGGUUUCACCAGCAGUCAUCUUUGAGUCAAUGUUCCAUAAUUCAGAGGAUACAGCAAUUCAGGAAGACGCACAACAGACAGCUGCCUUGAUUGAAAGUUUUAAUGGUGAUGCAGAGUCAGUCAGUGAUGUUCCGCCAUCCACAGGAAAUUCAGCAUCUUUAUCUCUUCCACUUGUACUGCAGCCUGGCAUCUCCGAGCCACCCCAGCCUCUACUACCAGCCUCAGCUGCGUCUGCUCCUCCGCCUGCUCCCUCCUUAGGAACUGGUUCCCAGCAAGCUGCGUUUGGCAACCCCCCUGCUCUCUUACAAACUCCAGAAGUGCCUGUUCCCCACAGCACGCAGUUUGCUGCUAAUCAUCAAGAGUUUCUUCCACACCCCCAGGCACCCCAGCCCAUCGUACCAGGACUUUCUGUUGUUGCUGGGGCUUCUGCAUCAGCAACAGCAGUGGCAUCAGCUGUGGCAGCACCAGCUCCACCAGCUCAAAGUACUACUGAGCCCCUGCCAGCCAUGGUCCAGACUCUGCCCCUGGGUGCCAACUCUGUCCUAACUAAUAAUCCCACUAUAACCAUCACCCCAACUCCCAGCACGGCUAUCCUGCAGUCCAGCCUAGUCAUGGGAGAACAGAACUUACAAUGGAUAUUAAAUGGUGCCACCAGUUCACCACAAAACCAAGAACAAAUUCAGCAAGCAUCUAAAGUUGAGAAGGUGUUUUUUACCACUGCGGUACCAGUAGCCAGUAGCACAGGGAGCUCUGUACAGCAGAUUGGUCUCAGUGUUCCUGUGAUCAUCAUCAAACAAGAGGAGGCAUGUCAGUGUCAGUGUGCAUGCCGGGACUCUGCGAAGGAGCGGGCGUCUGGCAGGAGAAAGGGCUGUUCCUCCCCACCCCCUCCAGAGCCAAGGCCCCAGGCUCCUCAUGGGCCCAGCCUGCAAGUACCACCGCAGACUUUUUCCUCACCUCCUGUCACCCUGUCAUCAUCCUCCACUGUGCCCUCCUGUGAGCAGAGCAGACAAGCAGAGACUCCUUCAGACCCUCAGACAGAAACGUUAAGUGCCAUGGAUGUGUCAGAGUUUCUGUCCCUCCAGAGCCUGGACACCCCGUCCAAUCUGAUUCCCAUUGAAGCACUGCUGCAGGGAGAGGAGGAGAUGGGCCUGGCUGGCAGCUUCUCCAAGUGAAGGGCCCGGGUAUGCUCCCCUCCAGGAUAGGAGGAGAGCAGGAGGCAGUGGAUGCUAUGCCCGCCACCAUCAUGGGUCAGAAAUUUGAAGGAUGAAGAAAUCUACUGUUUGAAAUCCUCACCUUUCAGAUGUAUUUUCUUUAUUCACAUCCCAGGAGCAUCCAUUUUAAGGAACUAAUCUUUGGGAAAAAAAAAAAAAAAAAAAGCUAAGUUAUAAAUGAAACUGUUUGGCUGCACUGUAUGUCACUUUUGCUUGUCAUGUGAACUUGGAAAUUAAGGUUACUCGUAUGCAUAAACAUUCUAAAUGAAAGGGUGUGGUUUUCAUCAAUCUGGUACUGCCCAUCACUUGCACUGGAGUCUUUGUGGAUCGGGCAGGAGAGUUCAGUGUUUUGGAUGUUGCUCCUCCCUGUGUGUCUUUUGCAUCUGAAGCUAACUUUUGCUUGGAAGGCCAGACCCUUGCUCCAUCAAAGAGGACAGGGGCAAAGGCCAGCAAGACAGCUGUGAUUUGGACAGGGUUCUGGUGAGAUGGCCUUGUUGUUUGUGCUUGGUGUUGGUGGAGCUCAGGGUGGAUAGUGCAGGGGUCAUCCUGCAGCCCUUUUUAGCACAAGUGGGCAGCUUACGGCCUGGCCCAGAGGCUGCUGGCAUGAUCUGGUUCUCCAGAGGCCCUAGGCAGGUUGUUGACUGCUGUCUGUUGCUGACGUGUGUAUGGAACAGGCUCUAGCAACACAUCACAGGCUUUACCUUCCUGGUUAUUUCUGUCUCUCAGUUGCCAGGGCUUGCAGAUGGCAGUGAAUUUUCCUUGGAGAGCAUCCCUAUUUUUGUCCUAGGGUGAACAUGUGGCUUAUGGACAGUUGCUGGUCAGUGGUCUGCCUUCCUUUUAAUGGUAUUUUCUUCCUCAGAGAAGACAGGCUGCAUUUUGCUUAGGGCAGAGAAGGUGCAGAUUUAAGGGAGUUGGUAUGAGGUGGCAUGUAGUUGGCAGGCCAGGUGUCCUGGUUCCAGGUUCCAGCCAGGCUUUUGCUUGCCCCCUCCCAUCUCUGCCUCUCACCCCUCUGGAUUUUGCAUACAGCCUACUACAGUGCAAACAAGGAUGUGAUUUGCUCAGCUUAGUCAUGUGAUUUCUAAACAAAAAGAAAAAAAAAAACAAAACGAUGAUCUUCUACUCAGGGUAAAACAAAAUAAAAAAUUCCCCUUCCACCAAAAAGCCUGAAAUGUUGCAAUAAGUUAUCUCAUUUGGAAUGUCUCAUUAAGUUGUGUUAUAGGAAAAAAAAUUUUUUUGUGUGUGUGUGAAUAGAAUUAUAUCCAUCUGUCUGCCUUUGGCUCCAAGUCAUUGCCUCUUAAAAUAAAACAUAAUUUACAAUCCACACUAGAAUGGAAGGUUUCUCUCAACUGGUUAUAUUAAUGUAGUCACGAGUGCUCACCAGACUCACCAAGCUCAGAAACCAGGCCGGGCCCAAGAUGUGCAAUAGGCCUGUGCCUCCAAAGACCCUUUGCCUUGCUUUGUGUGAGUAGCGUGUUCCACAAACAAGGCUGAUCUUCCGAGUCAACAGCGUCAGGCAGAAGGCAGCCGUAACUUUGCCUUGCAUUUCCACUCCCUAAUGCAAGGAAAUCUGCAUUGGUCACUCUCCUAUUCUCUGAGCCAUUGCUCAGGGCCAGCCAGCACAGUAUCCAGAGCAGAUAAUUUUUCUUGGAGCCAGAUGCCCUGCCUUUAGCCAAGGUGUUCAGGAGCAGAGUUGGACCAGAGGGCAGUGGUGAUGAAUGUUGUUACUGCUGUGAGAAGUGGGCUUAACUAUACAAAGCAGCUGACUUACUCCAGGAGGCUAGCCAGGAGAACUGAUUUAUUUUUGACCUUCUGCACACCACUCCCCAAAAGGCUGGGGGGUUUUAGGGACCAUGGACCUCAGCAGACGUAGCAAAGGCAGGAGAAAUCUUCUGUUAGCACAGUGGGUUAGUCCUCCUAGAAAACCAGCUGCUGAGCAUGAGUUGUUCUGAGUUGUUCUCUGGGCCUUGUAACCACAAGCAGCUUUGAGGUAGAGCCCUUGCUGUUUGUAACUCUUGAGAGAGUAGUGGAUGGGAGCCCCCAAGUUAGCCUGUAUCAGAGAGCAGUAAUGACCGUCCCACUUGUCUAUGCCAUGUUUAUGUGGGAUUCAGGCUCCCGGGGAGUUGAGGUGGGAAGUAGGAGCCCAGGGGAAAACAUUUGAAGUGUUCAUGGUUUAAAUAUCGUUUAGCCUAACUGGUUAGCCAGGGCUGUGGUUAUGCUGGGCCCUACCUGGGUCAGUGGCCUUUCUACUCUCCAAAGUUUGGGGGUGAUGAAGAAGCAUCUUAAACAGUGUUUGGGUUGACAAUUUUUUUUCCGGUUGAAGAAGUUUAAGUAUCUGCCUUUUGAGAGUGACUUUAGAUGUAUAAGAGAGACUAUCAGAUCCAAUCAGCUUUUGAGAAAUCAGGAAUCUGCUUAAAAUGCCAGUGAGUGGUUGCGAAGAGAUUUACUCCCCAGGGUAGGCAGUCUUUCCCUCCUCUCCCGGUGCUCUCCCCGUCCUCCCCACCAUCCUUUCAUAAGAUUGGCCUCUAGUGCCAAGGACCUUGGGGCCCGUGGCUAAAGUGGAGCCAGAAAGAAGCUUCAUGGAGAGUAAGGUUUUCCAAAAUGGGAGUGAAUGUAGGAUGAGUUUAGGGAGGAUCUGCAGAAAGUCUAGCAGUAAAAUCAAGUCUUUUUUCUUCCCAUGGCAAACUUAACCAUUAUCACCCUGUAGAUUUAAACCUUAGGCUCCCGCUUGCAUCCCCAGUUAGACUGCCCCUUUAAAGGGUACUCUGCACCAGGGGUGGGAGUUCAUGGGCUUAGGAGGUGGUAAGUAAACCUUGGCUGGCACCACCAAACUGCCUUAGUGAAUUUGGCCCUUCCUGGGCAGAUAGGUAGGAGGGCAUUAGGGAAAGUGGCCCAGUCUUUUCUGGCAGGGUCUGGCCAAUCUUGUGGGGGCACCACUGAUUUCAUGAUACAAGUGGUGUCAUUUAUUGAAUUCCACCUUUUAGAAGGAGAUCAUGGUACAAAGCCCAGGAGGGGCCUUAAGACACGAAGACUUCUCCGAGUAGAAGGCAAAGGGGCUUCUCUUCGCCACCUCUGGGAAAGACAGUAGAUUGGAAAGUUUUAUUUUCAGGGUCAAGGCUGUGGACCAAUGGGGAUAAUGGAAGGUGGGUGGGUUUUCCUGAGAGACUCUGUACAAUACUGAAUGUGUCCAGAAGGACAAGUUUGCAGAACCUCAUAUUGGUAUAUUAAAGAAAUAAUAAAAUAAAAAAGCACUUUAGGUUAUUUUAUCUCUAACCCAAUUGCUGCAAUUUCUUUUGUGUAUAUAUAUACAUAUAUAUACUUUCCACAAAGUUUUAUUUUUUGCUCAGAAUAAAAAGUUAAAUUGAGGUGUGAAAAGAAAAGCACUUACCUUGGUGCAAUAUGUGUAGCUUGACAGUCGUUGUCCCAUGUGGCCCUGGCCUGGCUGCGUUUUUCCACUUGAACAACUGAGGUUGUUCAUAGGGAAACACUAUUAUGCAUUCUUCGCACCUGCUCAAUCUAUGCAAGCCUUCCCUGUGUGCCCCGGGGCAUCCUCGGGCUCUUUGAAGAACUGCUGUGGGUCCUGUUUGCUUCUGCUGAUGGUUGAAACCCGUAUUCAUCACUUCUUGAUCCCUUGCCAUCUUUCCCCUCUUCACCAUUAACAAAGUGAUGCCUGAAAGGAAGGAACAGGUUGUUCCUAGGUAGAAACCUGUCACCUUCUAGACUUUUGUAUCUUUAAUCAUGUCCAUUGUCCUUAAUCUUAAAGAGUUCUCCAGAGUCUGAAACCAUUGAUUUGUGGAACUGCAACAAUAUUGCUCAAGAGUUUACAGUUUUCUUACACCACCAAUCAGAAAUAUGUUUGGGGAGUUAGCGUGGUGGUAGUGGGGGGUAACAUGAGCCAUUUCCAUACUGCUCCCUGUACUACCUAUAGGUCGGUUGGUUCCUUAAGCCAAAAGGCCUCCAGCCUUCACUAAGUCCAGUAAACAAAGCUCUUAAUAAUCUGUUUUAUCAACUUUCAUCCUUCUCCAUCUCCACCCAUUUUAUCUUCAAUCCUCAAGCUAUAGAAUAGAGAAGUUUUAAGAUAUCCUUAGCCAAAGCUAUUGGAUUCCAUAGAUCCAAUAUGCAAAUGUUCUGCUGUGAUCAUCAAUUGUUCACUUGUUAAUAUUGGGGAGGUGCUGUGUGCAACAAAACUGAAUUAUGCAUAUUUCUGAUUGGUCAGUCAUUUUAGCUGGUUUCUGCUUGCAUACUUUGGGGAGAAAGGGCCCUAUAUUUCUUCUCAUGCCCAAGGGAAAGCUGACAACCACAGUAUGGGCACUUCUCACUGUUACUUCUAUUCAAGAGAGGGCUUCUCAGUCUGCACUGAAAAAAUGCAAAUUAAACUGGAUCUUUAUGUCAAUGUGUACAUAGUACAAGCUUUUUUACUGGAAAUGAGGUUUAAAACCACACACUGCCCUUUUGGUGGUGUGCCUGCUGGGCCAAAAAUUGGGUGAUAAUGUAGUGUCACUUUCUCAGCUCAAUGCAGUUUCUACUUUUUCUUACGGGAAAAUUUUUCAUAAAACCUUUUUGCAGCAAAACCCAGGGAUGUUUUUUGUAAUAUCCUUGUUAUUGUUGUAGUGAUGCCAAGUUAGAGGCUUCUCUUGCCCUUUCCUCCUGUGUUCUCAGGCCUCCUAAAGGCUGUUCAAAUCAACAGUCUACAUCCUUUGUUGUGUUUUGGAGAAUGUGGGGUGGGGGGGUGGUCAGAGUUCAAGGUGGCUGUUCCCUUUUCCUGUGAACUCCUCCUAGCUCCUGUUUGGGGAAGGUGGCUGGAAACAGGUUUUUGCUAAGUCUCUGGCUCAGAUCUUUUUCUGGCCAGGAAAGGCAAGAGCCUCUGAAAGCCUUCUUUUUUGACACACACUAAUCAUUGGCCAGGGUGUUGGUGACAAUUUUUUAAAUCCCAAAUAGUUUUAUUUGGAUUAUGUUAAGUCUAUCAAGUUUAUUUAAGUGUGAAACAUGGGAACAACGGACUUCCACUGAGCGAUAAUGAAAACGUUACAGGUUCAGUACUUCCAAAGGAAGAAACCUCCAAACCCAAAAAAGAAUAAAUAUGAAUUUGUAUUUUUGAAGAAUGUGAAAUAAUGGUGUUUGCUUAAUUGCUCAUUUUGUAUAAACUUAAUAUUGUACUUUAAAAUAUCUGCUAAGAAGUGAAAAUUUAACUUUUUGGAAUUGAAAAAGCAAUAUUAAAUACUAAUGAAAUCCUAAUUAAAUGCUUAUUUAAAUCUGGUA